AGCGCCAUGGCUACUCUUCAGCUCGCUCUCCAGAAGACAUCGAGCAUCAAGAUGUUUGAGCAGCCGCGUCAAGGUCUGCGAGGGCUCGUUGGAAUCGGCAAGCCGGUUGUGCAGCAGCGGAUCGUUCGUCCUCCGGACAUCGCCAAUCCCAGGGUUGGGGAGAGCUUCACGCAUCUCAAGCUCACGGCAGAGAAAAUGCUCCAAGAACAAGCGUGCGUCAGGAGCGACCUGGAAAUCGCGAACUCCAAGCUUGCGAAGGCGGAGGAGGAGCUACGAGCAUUGGAAGCGAAGAACCAGGAAAUCUCCAACGAGAAUGCCAUGCUGAAAGUAAAGCACAGCGAGGACACAAAGCUUUGGACCAGUGUGGAGACCAAAGUCUCGUCAGCCAGCGCCUUCUUCGAGCAGAUCACAGAGACUCUACACGCUCUUGAGAAUCAAGUCCAACAAGCUGAGGCGACCAAGAAGCUCGUUGAAGAAAGGUUGCUAACCAGGGACGAGGUAAUUGAAAAGGACUUGGCAAGGCUGCGGACCAGCUUGCAAGAAGCUACGCUAAAGCUCGAGACUGCCGAGAAGAAUAGCGAGUACAAGCAGCUGCUGCUCAAGGAACAAGAGUCUGCAGCUCAGAAGAUCGCCGCUCUGGAAAAGACGCUUUUGGAAACUCGCAAGCAAUCGGAGCUUCAGUUAGAAGCCAAGCAAGCAGACAUUGCGAAACACCUCAGGGAGUUAUCGCAGAAGAACGAUCAGGCGAUGCUUGAGAUGAAACGCCACGAGAUAAACAAGCUACAAGAGAGCCAUAAGCAAGCUUUGGAACAGGUUUCUGCGAAGCAUGAGGAGCUUCAAUCGAAGUACAACGGGCUCCUUCUGUCCAUGAAAAAGGUGGAGGCGGAGCUCGAGAUUGCAAAGGCCAAAUUCGGGGAGCUUUCGGAGAGAGACCGCCGGCAGCAGUCGGACUUGGCUGACAACAAGAAGGAGCUGGAGCUUGUUGCCGUUGAGAAGCGGGAGCUUGAGAAGAAACUCAACGAUACGGUUGAAGAUCUGCAGAAGAAACAUAUGGCAUCGCUUACACGGGUAGAGGCGGAGCUGGAGAGGGUCAAGGCCAGAAACGAGGAACUUUUGGAGAGACAGCAGCAACAACAGGCCGACCUGGCCGACAAAAAGAAGGAACUGGAUCUAGUCUCGCUCGAGAAAAGUGACAUCGAGAAGAAACUCAAGGAUCAAAUCGAAGAGCUGCAGAGUAAACUCGAGAGCCAGAUUGAAAAGAAGGCGGCCGAAGCACCACCUGAUGCCAAGAAGACAUACGCGAAAAGGAAGAGAGUUCAAAGCACGGCCACAAAGGAGGCAACGCCCAAAACCAAGCCCAGAGCUAGCAGCCGAAAGAAGCCGACCAAAAAACAGAUUGUGAGCUUGAAUGACGACGAUGACGAUGACGAUGGCAACGAUCUGUUUGGAGAGGGAUGCCUAGACCCUUACGCUGACGAUCCCUACGCAUUCGGCUAGUCCCAAAAGGAUCAAAGUGGAGCAGCCGUGAUGAAUGACGAGCUGAGAAGCUCCCAUUUCUACUCGAGAAAAAAAUUCUUCCGUGCAAGGCGAAAGAUUCUUUGUUCUGGAAGUUUAGAGUAAGCCACUCACUGUUUUCGUUGAUGAAACUUUGUGUACAGGACAAAGGAAAAAGAGAGAACAACCUUCUA